AUGAUUACUAAUACUAUUUGCCUUUACGUUGACUUAUUCCUUUUCAUUGUUUGUAUUCUGCAAAUUCUGGCAAAUUCUGUUGUUUUACUCGCAUGGUGCACUUCAAAACGACUCUUAUACAACGACAACUUAAUUCUUCUCAUCUCACUUGCAUUCAUCGACUUUGUCUAUGCCGUGCUACAAUUUCCCUAUUUGAUCAUUCUGAUCGCUGGAGCAAAACCUGACGGUGCUCCCCUCGACUACGAUCCAUGGGUAAUCGUUCAACUUGCUGGACCAUCUGCAGCCUUGAUGAAAUCUGGAUGUACGAUAACAACUGCGAUAGCUAUCGAUCGAGUAUUUGCACUCUACUUUCCAUUUCAAUAUUUUAAACGAUCGAAACGGAAUUGGUCAGUUGGAGCCUUCGUGCUUGCUAUACUGCUGGCGCUGAUAGAUUGGAUCGUCCUUCAACUUACGGUAACUAUUCGACCGAAGCCAUACUGUACUUCAUUUGGAUGCUUCACAAACGCAGUUUUUCGCGCUUAUUGGGGCCUUUCAAAUAUGCUGAUGAAUCUUUUAUCAUGUAUUCUAACUAUGGUGAUAUUAUACCAUCUAUGGCAUGGAUCAGUACCUUCUCCGCUAGCUACCGAAAUUGAAAGGCAAAAUAAGCAUAGGAUUGAUAAAAGUGCGAAUCGUGUGGCACUGUAUAUCUUGCUUGUGUCAGCUUUGUUGGGUGUUGUACCAGGAUGCUUGAAUUGUCUUGAACUCUUCAUACAUGUUCCAUUACUCGAUGAAAUCGCAUUCUUCGUCGGGACAUGCGCCAGUCUAUCCGGACUCAUCCAUGCAUUCAUAUUCGCUAUGGCACAUCGGGAUAUCAGAGAAUCCAUAAUGAAAAAGAUCCAUCGAAAAAUUCCCAGUUCCACCAUACCUUCGAUCCACUAG